AUGACGGAAACUGUUCAACCUUUAGGAUCCAUUAUUAGUCAGUCGACUACUGAGAGCAGUAAGCCUUCCUCUACGGCAGCCGCCGCAACUGUUGACUCGGCUAGAGAGAACCGGACAGCUGCUCAUACACAUAUCAAGGGACUCGGUCUAGAUGAACAUGGUUAUGCAAAAAAGAACGAAGGAGGCUUUGUAGGUCAAAUGGAAGCCCGUGAGGCUUGUGGUGUUAUUGUCGAUCUUAUCAAGUCCAAGAAAAUGAGUGGCAAAGCUAUCUUAUUAGCUGGAGCACCAGGUACCGGUAAGACGGCUUUGGCGUUGGCAGUGUCCCAAGAAUUGGGGCCAAAAGUGCCGUUUUGUCCAAUAGUUGGCUCUGAAUUGUAUUCUGCAGAAGUGAAGAAGACUGAAGCUUUAAUGGAGAAUUUCCGUAGGGCCAUUGGCUUGAGAAUUAAAGAGACCAAAGAGGUUUAUGAAGGAGAGGUCACAGAAUUAACACCAGAAGAGGCUGAGAAUCCAUUGGGAGGCUACGGAAAAACAAUCAAACACGUGGUUAUUGGUCUGAAAACUUCAAAGGGUACGAAGAGCUUGAAGCUCGACCCAUCGAUUUAUGAAGCUAUCCAAAAGGAACACGUUGCCGUCGGUGAUGUCAUAUAUAUAGAGUCCAAUACGGGCUCUGUGAAGCGUGUUGGCAGAUCUGAUGCCUAUGCUACGGAGUUUGAUUUGGAGGCCGAAGAAUAUGUGCCUCUACCAAAGGGAGAUGUUCACAAGAAGAAGGAGAUUGUGCAGGAUAUUACGCUUCAUGAUCUUGAUGUUGCCAAUGCCAGACCUGAAGGUGGUCAAGAUAUCCUUUCCAUGAUGGGACAGUUGCUCAAACCAAGAAAGACAGAUAUUACUGAAAAGCUUAGAACAGAGGUCAAUAAAGUGGUUAGUAAAUACAUAGAUCAAGGUGUUGCCGAGCUUGUUCCCGGUGUCCUCUUCAUUGACGAAGUUAAUAUGUUGGAUAUCGAGUGUUUCACUUUCUUGAACAAGGCUCUAGAGUCUGAAAUUGCCCCUGUGGUGAUCCUGGCUUCUAACAGAGGUAUGACGACUGUGAGGGGCGCAGAAAUUAAGUCUCCUCAUGGUGUUCCUCCCGAUUUGAUUGACCGUUUGUUGAUUGUCAGAACUCUUCCUUACAAUCAUGACGAAUCCAAGAAUAUCAUAUUGAAGAGAUCCAAGGUGGAGGGCUUGGCGCUUUCAGGGGAGGCGUUGGAUAAGCUUGCCACGACUUCGAUGACUACUUCAUUGAGAUACUCUUUACAGUUAAUGUCUCCGGCUGCCGUUAUAGCCAGCGUGGAUGGAAGAAAUCAGGUCGAAAGUAAAGAUAUUGAUGAAUGUUUGUCUCUCUUCUUGGAUGCUAAACGAAGUACAAAAGUGUUAGAAGACACCAAGGGUUAUUUGUAA